CUAGCUGUCACUCACGACGCGCCUCCGCUCUGCCGGCCACCCUGGGUGGUGACGUCACUUCUUCUAUAAGUUAAAAACUUCAGUCGGUUUUUCGCACAGUUCAGGAACUCGAGAAGUGGAACCAGAAAGCGAAAAUAUAAAGAACGACAACGACAGCAACACAGAAAAAAAAAACCUGAGCAGCAGCAUUCCCGUGGGAGAGAGAGAGAGAGAACGAUGGCUGAGAACGGAAAUGAGACCGGAGCACCGCCGGAGCCACAGCAGAGCAGCGAGGAGCAGCAGAGCGUGGUGGAUCGCGUGGUGAAUCUGCCCCUGCUCAGCUCUGCCUAUGGCAUGAUGUCCACGGCGUACUCGAACACCAAGGAGAGCCACCCGUACCUGCGCUCGAUGUGCACCGCGGCCGAGGUGGGCGUGAAGACCCUGGGGGCCGCCGCUGCCACCGGCUCCAAGCCCCUCCUGGACAAGCUGGAGCCCCAGAUUGCCACAGCUAAUGAAUAUGCCUGCAUGGGGCUGAAUAAACUGGAGGAGAAGCUGCCAAUCCUGCAGCAGCCCACCGAGAAGGUGGUGGCUGACACGAGGGAGCUGGUCAGUGGAGCGAGGGACUCGGUCACUCACACUGUGUUUGGAGCAAGGGACUCUGUGACCAGCAGUGUGGCUGGCAUGGUGGACAUGGCGAAGGGUGCGGUCUGGGGCGGGGUCGAGAUGACCAAGGCAGCGGUCAGCGGAGGGGUCAAUACUGUCAUGGGGUCAAGGGUCGGCCAGAUGGUAUCGAGCGGCAUGGAGCUGGCACUCAGCAAAUCAGAGGAGUGGGCAGAAUACUACCUUCCCAUGAGCCAGGAGGAGCUGGCUCAGGUGGCUGGCUCUGAGCUCGUCCCCUCCUCGGUCCCCGGGUCUCAGCAAAGCUACUUCGUGCGGCUGGGCUCCCUGUCGAGCCGGGUUCAGAGCCGGGCUCUGCAGCACUCCCUGGCGAAGGUCCAGCGGGCCCGGCAGAGCACUGUGGAGGCGCUGGGGGAGCUGCACACCACCAUCGACCUCAUCGAGUCCGCCAAGCAGAGGCUGGGAGAGGCACCAGAGAAACUGCAUCAGAAAUGGGUGGAGUGGAGGGAGAAGCAGCCGGGAGACAAAGAGGAGCCCACACCCCGGCCGGAGCAGCUGGAGCCCCGCACGCUGGCGAUGCUGCGCUCUCUGACCCUGCAGCUGCGCAGCGCCUGCGGGGGGGUGGUGUCGAGCGUGCAGGGGCUGCCGCAGCAUGUGCAGGAGCAGCUGGCCGAGGCGCGCAGAGCCGCAGAGCAGAUCCAGUCCUCGCUCGGGGCGGCCGGCUCCUUCGGGGAGCUCUCGGCCCCCCUGCUGGCCCAGAGCAGGCAGCAGCUGGCCCAGGUGAGGCAGUCCUUCGACGUGGUCGUGGAGUACCUGCUCAACAACACCCCCCUCAACUGGCUGGUGGGGCCCUUCGCACCCCAGCUCGUGGAGAAGAGUGAGGGGGAGACCCCUGUGAAGGAGGAGAGGGGCUCCCAGCAGCAGUGAUCCCCGGCAUUCUAGAAGAUUAACAUCAUCUAGAAACGAGUAACACGGUGCCUGCUUGUGUGCCUUAUCUAACACUGUCUGUACAGAACAGGCUGCCUGCUUGUGUGCCUUAUAGAACUAAAUAAAUCCAUACCUGAUGAAGUAUUAUGAUGAUGAUAUACAAGAGAGAAACAGACCCCUUUUAUAAGAGACUGCAGAUGCACUGAUCAGUUAAAGUCUGUGUCUUUGUCCUGUUAGUGAUUGUUCAAGUCCAUUGAGUUACUGCACUGUUCUGUUUGAAGAUGUAUUUUUCCAGGUAUGGUUCAUUAAUAUUGAAUCUCGCUGACUGUACCCCUAACCUGCUUUCAUAUUUGCACUCUGCAGUCUGGAUGGUUGUGUCCUGAUUUAAUAAAGCACUGUGAUGUUGUAUUGCUGCACUUGUGGAAAUCUGAUCCUUUUAAUUAUGCAGAAGCCACUUUCUCCCGGGACUGACUCAUUAAAAUGAUUACCGCUGAAGAA